GAUGCAAUCACGGACAAACAGACUGGGUGAUGGAUGAGCCUUUUCCCCAGGGAGUUUGGGGCAGGAGCAGCCCCAACUGAUGAGUUCUUCCAGAACUAAGUAAUUCAGAAACAAUGCAGGGACAACCUUACCUCCCUCUCUCUCUCUCUCUCUCUCUCUCUCUCUCUCUCUCUCUCUCUCUCUCUUUCUCUCGUAUUGAUUAAAGAAAUUGCUUAGCUUGUGGCAUAUCUAGCUAAACACAGUGACAGCCAGGAUAGACUUGACCACGAACAGCCUAAAUUGCUUUAGAAAUAACAAUUGAGGAGGCGCAUGGAAGGAAGCAAGAAGUCUUUAAAAGGCCUCUAUCCAAAUAUUUUCUUUCUUCUAAGUCUUGAAAAAACACAAUAUAACCAUUUCUUCUUCCAAAUGAUCUCACAAUUAUAUAUCGAGGAGAAAUACCAAGUGCUUAUUUUUAUUUGGUAGAUGCUUCUUCUGGCUUGAUUCAUGCCUGUGUCAGUCUCCCCAGGACUAAGGGACAGUGAAACAAAGCUGUAUCCCGAGUGUUAUGUCGGUAUCAGAACAAUUCCUGUGCAGAAGGGGGCUAUACGACCUUCCUUAUUCCCUCUUCGCAGACGUCCUUGAGUCCUUGAGACGGAUGUGAGCGGAGUUUUUCAGCCUUCAUGCAAAACAACCAUCUAAACAUAACAGAUGACAUCAGCUUGGGCUUUUCAAUUCCUGGAUGGCAGCGGCAUGUUAAUCCCAGCCUUCAUCCUGGAUUUCAUAAACUAAAACAAGAGAGGCUGGCAGGAGCUCAGCGCUGCCGCUGGGUUGAGGAAAUUGAUGACGGGGAAGCAUGCGGGCAACGCAGUGUAUAAAACUCAUAAACGUGUAGGCAGAAGCUCAGCUACUACUUUGGACGGCUGCUUCCCGCCAGCAAAGACCGCGACGGCAGGGAGCUGAGCCCGAGCCAGCUGGGAGACAUGAAGAGCCUCUUGCUGCUGACCACGCUCCUGGUACCUGUGCACCUGGCUAUGGCUUGGAGCGCCAAGUACGCGGUGGAUUGCCCAGAUCAGUGCGACAACAGUGAGUGCAGAAGUAGCCUGCGUUGCAAGAGGACAGUGCUGGAUGACUGUGGCUGCUGUCAGGUGUGCGCCGCGGGACCCGGGGAAACCUGCUACCGUACAGUCUCAGGCAUGGACGGCGUCAAGUGUGGUCCGGGGCUGAAAUGUCACUUUUACAGUGAGGAGGAUGAUUUCGGCGACGAGUUUGGUAUUUGCAAAGAGCGUGACGUGGCGUCUGGAGACGGCAAUGCGGUGAGAGAGGAGAUUGCUGAAGGGAACGCUGCUCGGCCCUCGGUAAUGAAAUGGUUAAAGCCGCGCUGAUCCUGCCUGAGAUCUGCUAAGAGAAGGCUCCACUUCAGUGACCAAGUUCAUCCACCAUUUUAAGAGCUGUCUAGAGCAUGGACUAUGGACAUGUAAUUUAUGGAGAUCAAGUGUGUUUCAGAGAGGAUCCAGAAAAAAAAAAUAGGCAAUAUACAACCCAUAAAACACGUAUGACUGAACACUUUUAGAUAUUGUUAAAUAUUUAAAUGUAUAUAGAUCUUUUAAAUGCCUGUGUGUAUGUGUGUGUGCGUGUGCGUGUGUGUGUAUGUGUGUGUGUGUGGUACCACCAAGGAACUAAACAUGCAACUGAUGUGGUCUAAAAGUUAAUAAGUAAAAGCUGGAGAAUCCGUGGGCCCUUUGGCUUGGGUUGUUGAGAUACACGUUGAAGAGAGUUAGGAGCGAGAGAGAAUGAGGGUGGUAGUAGGAGUAGGGUGUUAUAGCAUUUGGCUCUUCCUUGUGGUAGCUCAAAAUUUUUCAUUUUGUUUUAAUUUGGGGAAACAAAACCAGAAAAGCCUUAAAGGAAGUGAGAUACUGGAAGCUCCUGGGAGCCUGAGCAACUGCCUUGAAUGGAAAUACCAUCAUUAUAGGACCUGCACCUGAAGAGAGUGGGGGUGGGGGCGGGCAAAGGAUGAAUACGUACUCCCACUACUGGGUUAGUCACUGUGGGCCUUAAGAGAACUAGGAAGUAGUUUGCCUCCUGGGGGAUAGAACAGGGUGGAGGUGAAUAUUUAUGUAUUUUUCUAAGCAAAUCUGUUAGUUUAAAUAUUUCUCCAACACCCAUCUUUCCCCCAUAUAUUAAGGAAAUUACACUAACGUUGUUUGUUUAAAAUGAUUAGGAAAAAAACGCGUAUAACAUAUAUGGUUCUCAAACAUCCAUAUAUGGAAAACUUGUUACUGAUGAUUACAUUGAUAUUAAUAAACAUGCAGUUACCGUAGGCUUAUAAAAUGUUGGAAAAUGAAAAACUAAUUUUUCUUCGGUGAAAUUUAGAUUUAAAUCAGAAAAUAAAUUUUUAGAUAAAUUGGGAAAGGAGAGUUACUUUUCACCAGGAAACAUAUUGAUUUAAGAUAUUGUUUAUUCAUUUUUUUAUCCUUUUAAACUUGGUAGAUGACUGGAACUGGAAUUACACAUGGGAGAACCUUAGCACAAAAAGGACUGUUGUACUAGGCGAUGCGGGGAAAUAUUUGUAAAAGUAUUUUAUUUAGAGUGAAGAACUUAUUUAAGACUUAUUUCAUUAUUUACUUAUAUUUUACUCUUGAGGUUUGCCAACAGAGUUGUGAAUGUAUAAAAGAUCUCUGAAUGUAAACAGAAUAGGCUGUUAGGGAUUUUUUGUUUGUUGAAGAACAGUUUAUUAUUGUUUAAUAAAAAUGCCACAGUUGUUCCAA